AUGGAAACUGAAAGUGAAGGUUUAUCCCGAAUCUCUGACGAUGAAGGAUGCUGUCCGUCCUCUGUAGCAUUCACCGAAGCCUUAAUGGAACAAAUUAAGGGAGCUGACGUGGCAGCUAUGGUAGAACUACAACGAGACAUGCUAUCCAGAUAUGAGAAAACAAACGAAAUGCUUAUCAACUUUAACAUGUUGUCCUCCACACGAUUUGAUGCUACUAGUCAGGCAUUCAGGUCACACACUCUGUUGCUAUAUGAUAUGAAGAAAGACCUAGAUGCUGUCUUCAGACGAAUCAGAUCUUUAAAACAAAGACUGAGUAAGAUGUAUCCUGAAGCUUUUUCAGCCUGUAGUGACGUAUAUAAUGUUUUAGAAGAUGGAGAGGAAGAAUUUAAACAACCGAAUGAUGACGAAAAAAAAGAGGAAAGAGAUGAAAAUGAUUCAGCAGAAGAUAAUGGUGGAUAAACAAUUUGCAAUAUUAGAUAUCGAAUAUAGUUUUAUUACAGAAAAAUGUUAGAAUAGAUCCAAUGAAUUAAUAUUAAGUCCUUGUACAACGCAACUCGCCCUGCUCAGGGCUCCAUUGUAGACUGUAUUGUCGUGAUCUUGUUUUGUGGGUACUUUUGUUAGUUGUUGAGUUAAUCCAUUAUGAAUUGAUAUCAUUCCUAACUGCUCUUAAUUGUAUUUCAUUUAAUUAUUGCUUUGAAUUUGUUUACUUCUGAAGGGAUCAGAAUUAGAAUUCUGGAGAUGUCCAGUUUGAAAUCUUCCAAAAAACUAGAGAUUGUUCAUUAUGUUGAUUAAAUUCAAUCAUGUUUAUGUUUAAACAUUUUAAUACAUGUACUACCUAUGUACUGAAAUGAAGUUUGUUUAAAAAAAAAGACAUUUAAUUUCCCCAUCAACUGUCAGGGUCAUUUUGAAUUGAGGUCUCCUUGUGGUAGCUGAUGGCUCCCUUACUGAACAACAUAUGAGAGGUCUGUCACACGCCAUCAAGCACUAUUGGAGUAAAGUGUUGUGCCAAAGAACACAACCAUGACAGCACAGGACAAUUUAAUUUUUCAGCUUCCACAGAAACACAAAUCAGAUUAUGUUGGUGUGAAGAAAAAGUAAUAUGUAUAUCAAAAGUGUUACUGUGUUGUAUAUAAAUAUCAAAAAAGAGCAUUUUAGAUAGAAAUAUGUUGUUUUGUUUAUUUUUUUUUCUAUUUAUAUGUAUGGUAUACAUUUAGAAAGAAUAAUUGAUUUUAUGAUGUGUAAUGACACUACAUCCCCUGUCCGUUGUCUAUCCAUCAUCUGUCAAAAAUUCUUGUGCAAGAUGGAUCUUUCUCAAAUUACAUAUGUAGGUUCUCCGUAGUCCCUAUUUGUGACCAUGUGACAGGAAGUUAUGUUAUAUUUUGAUUAUGAAUGUUCAUCAUUACUAUUUCUUGAGAAGUAUUGCGUAUCCUUUUUUCUAAAUAGUUCCUUCAUGUGUUAUCCUUGGUCUGUAUACCUGCCAUGCUGAAUUUUUGGAAUGAUGAGAGAAAUAGAAUGGACAAUCAUUGAUUUUUUGACAUUUAUAGAUUGUUAUCCUGAUUUGUUAAGUGGAAAUAUCAAAUCACAUGUAAUUCAGAGCAAAAGCAAACGAAAGAAUAGAAAAGAAAGGGAAAGGUCCAACGUUUACGGAACUUUUGAAGACAAAGCAAAAGAGGGUGCCAGGAACUUUCUAGGAGCCCUUUUCUUUUUUGUGUCCUAAAGGUUUACAAGUGUGUCAGAAUAUCUGCAUUGUGUGUAAAGUAAAAAUGUGUAUUAUAAUAGUUAUAUGUUGAAGAUGUAAAUGUACAGUAAUACAUCUUGAUACUUAAAUGUGUAUUAAGAUGAAAAUGUAUGCCUAAACACAAAAAUGUUCAUCAUGUAUCUUAGAAACAUCCUGAUACAAUCUUAAUCAGAAUAUCUGUACAUGUAUCUUAAGAUGUAAAUGUGUCUGAAUAUCUGUACAUGCAUCUUAAGAUGUAAAUGUGUCUGAAUAUCUGUACAUGCAUCUUAAGAUGUAAAUGUGUCUGAAUAUCUGUACAUGCAUCUUAAGAUGUAAAUGUGUCUGAAUAUCUGUAAAUGCAUCUUAAGAUAUAAAUGUGUUUGAAUAUCUGUACAUGCAUCUUAAGAUGUAAAUGUGUCUGAAUAUCUGUA